AUGGUUGGAGGGAGUACACAAAUGGCUACACAAUACAUACCAUCUGAUGCACCACGUAUUAUUGAUAUAGUGGAAGGCUAUCGUCGUUCAAAACUUCUAUUUACUGCUGUAAAAUUAGGUGUAUUUGAUGAGUUAAACACCGGACCAUGCACAGCUGAAGAGUUAGCUGCUAAACUUCGUGCAAAUCCAAAACUUUUAAAAUCAGAUACUGCUAAGUCAGACCGUUUGAAGAGAAACAUUUUAAGACGACUUCUCGAUGCUUGUGUUGCAUUAGAGUUGUUGACAUAUGAAAAUGGAAAGUAUCAGAAUGCGACAGCAGCAAGUGAAUAUCUUGUCAGCACUCAUCCAAAUUCAAUAACUGGCUAUGUAAACCAUGCCGACCGUGUCAUGUAUAACUUAUGGGCACAUUUGGAUGAUGCUGUCACAGAAGGCACAAAAAGAUGGAUCCAGGAAUACGGUGGUCAUCUCACAGAUGUAGCUGAUAACCACUAUGGGAGCGAAGAGAAAGAAAAAAAUUUCGUCAGUGUCUCAUCAAAAAUAGUACACUGUGAAAAACAAAUUGAAAAAUUGCAAUCAACCGUCGAUGAACUGGAUAACACUGCAACAGAGCUUUAUGAGUAUGUUGACGAAUUAGAAAUGAGAUACAAUGAAUUAGAACAAUAUAAUAAACGAAAAAAUUUGAUCAUCCCUGGGAUUUUCGAAACAUUAAACGAACAUACUGAUAAAAUUGCUGUGGAUAUUGCUAAAUCGAUCGGUCAUUCAUUGUAUGAAAAAUCAAUUUAUGCAUCACAUCGGCUACCAACUAGCAAUAAAAAUAUUCCUAGACCAAUCGUUAUAAAAAUAAAUGACAUAACAUCAAUUAUAAUAUUUCCACGUUAUGCACGUUGUUUUAUUUUAUUUGUUAUCAAUGUACCCUUGGUAUUAGGACCAUCCGAUAUGGAUAUUAUACGUUUUUUACAAUCAACUUCAUUAAUUAAUAAAGCGGAACUAAUGGGGAGAAAAAAUGCGGAACAACCUGUACCAUCGGUAUAUGGAAUUCAGUGUCAGGGUGCUGCCUUGUAUGACUAUGUCAGAAGAGAAGUUGAACAUCAGUCGUAUAUGAUCCAGCAUUACGAGCAGAUAUUGUGA